UGCCAUUGUGUGGACAAGUUUCUUUGUUGUCUUCAAUUUUCAUUUUAUUUACAGAAUUCUGCAGUUUUACAAACAUUCCUUCUAGCACGCAGUCAGUGUAAAGUGAAAUAAAUGUGAACAGACGGGAUGUCGAUGAAUCUUUAAAAAGUAAAAAAAAAAACAUUGCAUAAAAUAAUUGAUUAUUAAGUGUUUUUAUUUAAAAUAAUUGUGAAUUAUUUGAGUGUCUGUUUUCAAGAAUUGCAAAAGAUUAAUUGGAAUAUAUGACAAUCUGAGCAUUUAAAUUUUACAAAGUUUUAAGUUCUUUUAAUUGAUCAGCUGUUAAAUUGUCGUCGCCCGUAAUCAUGGAUCCUACAGGUUCUAUAAAUAAUGAAGACGAUAUUGAGACAAUAGAAAAUGAGGAAGAGAUCAUUGAUGAUUCUGAAGAGAGGGAGCUAGUAGGAGACUCAUGUUCCACUAAAGUGCUAGACUCGCCGGAUAUACCUCGCGAUAAAUACGGCAUCGUCUACAUAUUAUUUUACCUUUUCGGUAUUACUUCCUUGGUGCCCUGGAAUUUUCUUAUAACUGCAAAUGAUUACUGGAUGUACAAAUUCCGCGACGUGACCCCGAAAAACAUGACGAUGGUUGGCGAGGUGGUCAGGAAGACGCGGUUCCAGGCAGAGUUCACCUCCUACCUCAAUGUGGCUACCGCUAUACCUAACUUGAUUUUUCUCAUUCUCAAUUCAUUAUAUGGGCAUUUGGUGCCGAUGAAGAAUCGCCUGCAGGGCGCUCUGGUCGUCAUCACCAUAGCGUUCCUCGUGACCACGGCCUUCGUCCAAGUGGACACCGACGAGUGGCAGAACACAUUCUUCAUCAUCACCAUGGUCACUGUUGUUAUUAUGACUGCUGCCAGCGCCAUUUUUAUCGGCGGUCUAGUCGGAAUAGCGAGUCGUUUCUCCAAAGAAUAUAUGGCCGCUGUCGUGAGCGGCCAAUCACUCGGCGGUAUCAUAGCGGCCAUUGCCCAAAUCAUAUCUCUAGCUUUCAAAAUAUCCCCCCUCCACAGCGCUUUGAUAUACUUCAUCAUCGCAGACGUAAUGGUCAUAACGUCGCUAGCAUCGUACAUAUACUUGUACAAGAUUGAUUUCUUCACGCAUCACAUUCUGAGAGGGGUGGGGGUGGCGGCCAAUAGGCAUAGAGAAUUGUCUAUGGUAGCGAUAGUGAAGAAGAUUUGGGUGUACGCGUUCAGCAUAUUCGCCGUGUUCGCCAUCAGCAUGGCGGUGUAUCCGGCUGUCACGGUGCUGGUGGAGUCGCAUCCUGCCACGGCCGGGACUGAUUGGAACAACAUUUUCUUCGUGCCAGUGGUGAACUACCUGAUCUUCAACUGCGGUGACUACGCUGGUCGAUUGGUAGCCGGGUUCCUGUUGAAGCCUGAAAACCAAUGGAUAAUAGCAGGUGCCUGCCUACUAAGGAUCAUCGGAGUCCCGAUGCUGAUGCUGUGUAACGCCCGGCCUCGGAGUCAUUUGCCCGUGGUGUUCCUGUGGGAUUGGGAGUACAUCAUCAUCAUGAUCUUCUUCGCGUUCUCCAACGGGUACCUCACCAACAUAGUGAUGAUCAAUUCUACCAGAGUUGUAGAAUUGCACGAGCGAGAGAAGGCGUCGUCAGUGAUAGCAACCAUGCUGAGUGUGGGGCUCACAGUCGGGGCUGCAGUGGGAAUGUUGCUGGUGAGAGUUCUAUAAAGAGAAUGUCUUAAUUCUAUGCUGUACGGAAAUGUGACCCUUAUUGCUAACACAUUAAGAGCAACAGAGGCGUCUGUAAGAAAAUGUCUUAAAGUGCUUCAUAAUGUUCUAUGCGAUAUGUAAUUUUGACCCUUAAUGUUUUGACAUACGGUUCAAUUAUCUUCGCCCCGGCCCGGUGUGGAAGAGUAGGAGUGCUUUUGAAGCUGCGAUAAUUUUUUAAUUUUUUGAGAAAGUGGGAGAAUUUAAAAGCCUUUAAUCCGCCCGUUGCGAGAUUCAAUUCUAUUACAUACUUUUAAAUUGAUUUGGUUUUGUAAAUGGAAUGACAGUAAUUAGACAGAGAUCUGUUUAAUUACUUCCUAUGCGGACCCAAGGUUCCCUUAUUUGCAAGUCGGAUAAAACUGGAGAAUUACAGUAUAAAAUAUUUAUCACUAUAAAAGCGGACCUAGGACUCAUGAUGCACAGAUAGACAAUCAUGAUAUAUAAAACAGAGUUAAGCUUUGUAAUUUUAUUUAACUGGCUUUGACUAUAUUAAUGAUCGCGUUAACUGAGUGUAUGAAUACCAUACAUUAAUGCCGUAACGGUGCUUAAAUGUGAUUUAGUUUUAAUAUUUCGACGAUUCCCAAAAGAAUAAUUCCAGCUCAUUUGUUGAAUAAUUUUAUAAUUUAUUUUAUAAGUUUAAAUACUUAGGUUUUAUGUUGAUAAAAUGAAAAUGAAUGAAAGAUUAACAGCUCAUUAAUAGGUAUGAUGUAAUAUUUGAUUUUAAUUUAAUUCGUGUCUUAAAUACUUAAUUUAUUGGACAAUGUUGGAAUGGGUGGCAUGUGGACAGUGAAUUAUGUUAAAGCAAAAUUUUAUUGUUGCUUCUUAUUUGAAUUUACUGAAAUUUAAAUGAAUGUGAAUCAUUAUUUAAUUUGUAAAUAUACUUAUUACUUGUGUAAAAAUGUAUUAUAGUAUGGCAUGGAUUUAAUUAUUAUUAGCGUUGUAGGCAAUGUGAAAAACAAAAUAUAGCAACUAUCAAUCUUUUUGUUCUACAAGUGUUUAGUUUAUUUUUGGUGUCACCAUUUCAAUCUCAAUUCCAUUAUCAAAACAUACAGUUGAACGUGGCCUUUUAGUCUUUUCAAGACUGUUCCUCAAGGGACAAAUACUAUUAUAUUUUUAUAUAACGGCCAAGUUUAAUUAUUAACGACAGUUGUGAAGUGCAUUAUCUCUAAAAUCAAAAAUGUUAUUCGUUAAAAUUGUUUUGUUUGAAAAUGAAGAAAUUUUACAGGUGUUAUCUUUAACAGUACUUGCUUAGUUGCUAUAUUAUAACACGACUCGUAAAUGAAACUUAAUUAUAUUGACAAUAUAACGCUAGUUUUAAUUAUACCUAUGUGUUUAAUGUACGUGUAAAUGUAGAUAAAGCUGAUAUAGUCGGCUACAUGGAAAGUAUACCACUUCGAUAAUGUAUGAUAGGAAAACGUCAUUCUUUAAAAUUAUGUUUUUUUAUUGUGUAAGUUAAAGACAUUUCAUAGAAUUUAUUGCAAUUCUGUCUGUAGAUCUCAAAUGCGUAUCAUAAUAGUUGUUACCAAAUCAGACGAAAUGUUAUUGUAGAUAGGUAGUUAUGAAUUGUAUUUAGCAUUAAAUUUGUAUGUAAAAUCUGAAAUCAGGUGAAAUAAUUGUUAGUGUGUAAGAUGUACGUUAUGCUUUGUAAUGAUAAAAAUAUUUGAAACUUUUGGUAUAUUCUGUUAUUUAUGGACUAUUAACAUUGUGUUCAAUUUUAGUUAAUGACUUAUUGCAACAUUUUUUUAGUUUUUUUUUAUAAGGAAUUGACUCAUUAUAUGACGCUGGCGUGUAGUGCAUUAAUCAUAGAAAUCGAAAUAAAGAAGCCAAUAGAAAUGCCAUAGAUGUGUCACCGUCUUGCGCGCUGUCAAAUAAAUCUCAGAAAAUGUUCUUAGAUGCGCUAUGAAAAAGAAAACCGUGACAACUUAAUUAUUCCGAGUUCUAUAGUAUUAAUGUUAUAUUUUAAUGCAUCAAUUAUCAGAUGUCAUAUGAGCUUUAUAUAUCUGUAUGUGAUAUUAUAAUAUUAUAAUUUUGUAUCGUAGUUCGUAAGGAUAACUUAUUCAUUGCAUUUUGAUGUCUGUUCGUCCCGAAUAGUUUACCAAUGAUGGUAUCUAUAUUUAUAUAGUAAGCAUUUACUGUUUAUAAUAGUAAGGUAGCUUGCACUUAAACAAAUAUAUUAUUUAUGUGACAAUUUUGAGCUUUUACUGAUCACGCUAUCCAAUCACCAUAAAUAAGUUUUUAUUUCAGACAUGGUAUCAAAUGUAAUUUUAUCAUAAAAAUAUAUAGAUAUUUUAUUCAAAAUAAAAUAAAUUUUCCAAGAUUUCUACGGAUACACAGAUACAAAUCAAUACAGAUGACAAAUUCCAAAAACAAAAACAACUCAUUAAAAAUCUUAACCAUUUAUUUAUAAAAAUUACAUAUAAAACAUAAAAUCUAUAAACAUUUUGACCAUAGCUUAACGAACCAUAAUAUAUUUCUAAUUAUAUCUAAGUACAGUAUAAAUUACCAUCAUCCCUGAUUAUAAGCUUAAUAAACGGACGAUAAAAUUCCAUUAUUUAAAUAUUUUAUCAAGAAUUUGUUCAUUAUAUUUGAUCAAUAUAUUAGGGUAUUUUAUAAAUUGGUAUUUUUUUUUGUAGAAAAGUCACGUAUCUAACUUUGCAUGGAUCUUCAACAAUGUUCUAUAAUUAUCAUUCAUCAUACUCCGGACGUUGGUCCCGGUUGCGUCCUCAACUCUCUGCAGAGGA